CAAGCCCACCACCACCCCCAGAAGAGAGAGGCACAAUAAAACCGGUUCGUAAACUCAUUCUCUUUCUCUAUUAUUGACCCAUUGCAUAUUGAUAUCAUCGGAAUCCCUUUUGAUUUUCUUCUUCUCGUGGGCUUUGACAGGAAUUUGGAGGACAAAGGAGUUGUCUCGACAUGGCUAGUAAUGCUGCAGCCUGUGCUGAGAGGGCAACGAGCGACAUGUUGAUUGGUCCGGACUGGGCAAUAAACAUUGAGUUGUGCGAUAUUAUUAACAUGGAUCCUGGGCAAGCAAAGGAGGCCCUGAAGAUACUCAAGAAGCGACUAGCCAGCAAAAAUCCUAAGAUUCAACUUCUGGCUCUUUUUGCAUUGGAGGCGCUCAGCAAAAAUUGUGGCGAGAAUGUAUUUCAGCAGAUCAUUGAGCGUGAUAUCUUACAUGAAAUGGUUAAGAUAGUAAAGAAGAAGCCAGACUUGAAUGUGAGGGAAAAGAUACUAAUUUUAAUAGAUGCGUGGCAAGAAGCUUUUGGUGGACCAAGAGGAAGGUAUCCCCAAUAUUAUGCGGCAUACACUGAACUGCAGGCUGCUGGAGUUGAAUUUCCACCCCGAGAAGAGAACAGUGUACCAUUGUUUACUCCACCCCAAAGCCAGCCAAUAGUUCAUCAUGCCUCUGCAUAUGAGGAUGCUGCUAUUCAGGCCUCUCUACAGUCUGAUGCUUCUGGCCUCAGCUUGUUAGAGAUGCAAAAUGCUCAGGGACUGGCUGAUGUGUUAAAUGAUAUGCUUGGUGCCUUGGAUCCCCGUAAACCUGAGCAGGGUGUGAAGCAAGAAGUGAUUGUUGACCUUGCUGAUCAGUGCCGUUCUUACCAACAUCGUGUCAUGCUUCUUGUGAAUAAUACAGUAGACGAGGAGCUUCUUUGUCAGGGAUUGGCAUUGAAUGAUAAUUUGCAGCGUGUACUUCGUCGACAUGAUGACAUAGCGAAAGGAGCCUCUAAUGUAGGAGUAAGAGAAACUGAAACACCGGUCGUGCCAUUUGUGCAUGUGAACCAUGAAGAUGAUGAGCCAGAAGAUGAUUUUACCCAGCUAGCUCAUAGGAAACCAGCCAUCUCAAGGACUGAACCAGUGCGAGUCAAUCCGGUUCUCCCUCCUCCACCCUCAUCAAAGAAGCCCAUUGCCACAGAUUCUGGCAUGAUUGAUUAUCUCAGUGGUGAUGUCUACAAAUCUGAUGAAUCCCGUCAAACAUCAGAAAGGACAUCUCUUGCAGCUCCAGAUCAAUAUAACAGAACUUCCACCCCACCAUUGGCUCCUACACUCUCUUCUCCCUCUCCAAAUGACACAGUUAAUCCCACCGCAUCAAUGCCUAUGUUUACUGGACGGCCUGCAUAUGAUGCACCAGCUUCCUUGAGCAAAUCUGCAGAUCCAUUGCCUCCCGCUCCUUGGGAUGCUCAGUCUCCUGGCUCUCUUCCACCCCCACCUUCCAAGUAUAAUCAGAGACAACAAUUUUUCGAACAACAAACUUAUUCUGGUGGUGCGUCUCAUUCAAGCGGAUCUGGUUCCUCUUAUGACAGCUUAGUGGGACAUACUCAGAAUCUCUCUCUUAAUCCAUCUGCUCCACCCAAACCAGCUAAUCCAGAAGAUGCUCUUUUCAAAGAUCUGGUUGAUUUCGCGAAAGCCAAAUCUUCUUCUUCUUCUUCCUCCUCCUCCAAGCCCAAUCGAUCCUUUUGAACCAUUGGAGUGUGGAUUAUAUGUGAUGGUACAGCGUAUGAAUAUUGUUCUUUUUUUUUCAGGUUUUGCAUCAGAUCAUGAGAUUACUUCUUGUUAAAUAAUUGUUAGGGACUUUGGAUUACGGUUUGUCUAUGAUGUUCAGCUGGUUUAUUUCGAGAUGAACUGCUUAUUGCACAUAUGCGCAUAUAUUGAUGUACCAUAUUUGUUCUUUAA